GUCAUCAAUGAUCAGGGGAAAAAGAAGUCGCGCGCUCAGACGAAAACAUGUCGGCGAGGGUGUCCCACUAGUCGCUUUCGGACGUGUCUUGUCCUUGCUGCCUUAUGGAUUAUGGCCACUCAAAAGAAAAAAAUUCGAUACAGUAAUGGCGGUCAAAGCUCAGCAGCCAGCGUCCUGACGAGCAGGCGGCCGAGUGAAGUCAACGAGGCUGAUGAUGGUUUUGUGGAGGGGUCGGUAGUUCGCAUUACCAUGAAAAACUUCAUAUGCCUGGGCGAGGUUAAUGGAUACCUCCUUCCAUGGAGAUCUUGGACAUACAACUACAUCAUGGUGCGUCCCGGACCAAACCUGAACAUGAUUAUUGGAGCGAACGGAACCGGCAAGUCCAGCAUUGUGUGCGCCAUCUGUCUCAGCCUGGCAGGCAAGACCACUGUCCUGGGAAGAGAUGACAAGGUCGGCGGCUACGUGAAAACAGGAUGUGACAAAGGAUUUGUUGAAAUUGAACUUUUUAAGAGUGGUGGGAAUGUCAUAAUUAACAGAGAGAUCCAUGUGGAGAACAACCAGUCAGUGUGGAAGCUCAACGGAAGAAUUUGUAACCAGAAAACAGUGGAGGAGGAAGUUAAGGCGUUGCAUAUCCAAGUCAAUAACCUUUGCCAGUUCCUGCCUCAGGAAAAAGUGGGGCAGUUUGCCAAAAUGUCCAAAAUCGAAUUACUGGAGGCAACUGAAAAGUCUGUGGGUUCCCCAGAGAUGUUCGAGUAUCACUGCGAGCUCAAAAACUCUCGCUCCAAAGAUCGAGAAAUGGAGAACGUUAUAAAGGAGAAGACCAGCUACCUAGAGAAAACCAAACAGAGAUUUGAGCGACACAAACUUGACGAGAACCGUUACUAUGAAAAGCAAAGGCAUCUGAAUGCGAUUGAGUUAAUUGAGAAGAAGAUACCCUGGGUGGAGUAUGAAACCACCCGCGAGGAGCUUGAGGGUGUGAAGAAGGAACGAGACAAGGCUAAAAAGCAGCUCGCUGUCCUCAAGCAGGCCCAUAUGCCCAUGUUGACCAAGCUCCAGUCGAUUGAAGAGCAUUUGAAGCCCAGUGAAGAACAAAUGAAGGCAAAGAGUGCAGCAAUCAAAGAAGCUUCCUCGAAAUGCAAACUAAAACGAGACCAGUUGGAUCGAAUGCACAAAGAUAUUGAAGACAUAAAACAGGCAUUUAAAAUGAAGCAGACUGAAGAAGAAGAUCAGACGAAGCGCAUCAAAAACAUCAUAUUGAUGAUCGAGGACUUGAAAGUCGUACUUGCUGAAGUUGACAAACAACCUGACGUGACGCCAAGGAUCACUGAAGUCAAUGCCGAGUUGAGGCAAAUCCAAACGGAGAGGGAGAAAGUGCAAAAACAGAAAGCCGACUUGCGCCAGGAGAAGGACAACUUAUCUGCAGAGUUGAGAAUGUUGGAGAAAAAGCUCACUGAUAUGAAUAACGUAAUGACGAUGAAAGAGGAGAAGCUCCGGGGACGCCACAGGGACACACACACAGCUGUGGAAUGGUUGAGGCAGCACAGAGACCUUUUCAGUGGAAACGUGUGUGAGCCCUUGAUGCUUGUGAUCAACAUGAAAGAUCAUCGCUUUGCCAAGUACUUGGAGAACCACAUCUCCUUCAAUGACUUAAGGGCUUUUGUCUUCCAGAGGAAAGAAGACAUGGACAAGUUCUUAUUCGAGGUGCGUGACAAAAUGAGUUUGAGAAUCAAUGUUAUUAUUGCUCCGACAGAGACAUGGUCAAGAGCUCCUCCAUCGCGUCAUAUUGAGUCUUUGAGGCGCUUUGGGUUCUUCACCUAUCUGCGUGAGACCUUUGAUGCCCCCGAGGAGGUGAUGAGUUACCUCUGUCAGCAGUAUAAAGUGCACGAGAUCCCCAUAGGCAACGAGCAGACCGAAGCCAUGAUAGCAACGGUGAUAAAGGAGCCGUACAUUAAGGUGCUCUAUACAAAAGACCAGAAGUACACUGUUAAGAAGUCCUUCUACUCCAACAUUACCUCCACCAAAAACACUACAGUGUAUCCGUCCAAGUACCUUAGUAUCACAGUGGACGCUGAGCAGAAACGGCAACUGGAGCAGCAGAUGAACGUUUGCCGUUCAAAGUUACGAGACAUUGACGAGCGGUUGAACAUAAUCCAAAAUGAAGCGACCGCACUGGAUCGCCGUGACAAUGAGCUGUUGUCAGAGAAGAAGAACCUCUUGGAAUCAAAGGGCAAAAAAAGACAACUGGAACAGAAAAUCAGCACCAAACAGGACAGACUGAAGCAGCUGGAGCACAGUGGAAUUGACCUGAAGAAGGCUGAGGCAGAGACAAAAAAGAAAAUAAUUGCUGUCAAUUCCAAGAAGAAAUCCGUAGUUACUACAUUGAUAGAACAAAUUAAGCUGCAAGCCAAACUGACCAUGGAGAAGGAGUACCUAGCAUUGGAGAUGAUGGGGCUGUUAGCAGAGAAGACCAAGCUGGAGAACCUUUGCAGAGAAGGCACAAGCGGACUAAAAGCCAUGACUCAUCAAUGCAGCCAAUUGGAGGAGAGUGCAGCCCAGCUGAAAAUCCAGUGCAAAGAGAACAUGGAGAGAGCCAAAUCAAUCUGCAAGAUGCAGCCCAACGAGACGUUACCCCGAAACUUGCACGAUGCUUUCAGUAAGCUGCCGAACACAUUGGAUGAGUUGGAUGCCAUGUUGAAUGAAGAGCGGUCCAGAGCUGAGAGCUUUCCUGGACUCACUAAAAAGGUGGUCGAGGAGUGCAACAAGCAAGCGCAGGAAAUAAAACAGUUGGAACAAGAACUGACUGAGAAGAACGCGGCCUUAAUUGCUUUCAGACAGAAGAUGUCAGAGGCUAAAGAAUAUUGGCUCACCCCUCUGAAACAAUUGGUUCAACAAAUUAACAAGAAGUUCAGCGAUUUCUUCCGUGCCUUGGAGUGUACAGGAGAAGUGGAUUUGCACUAUGACAAUGAGGAUGAAUAUGACAAGUAUGGCAUUAGCAUUUUGGUCAAGUUCCAUGAGAGCAGUCAGCUCCAUGAGCUGACACAAUUCCAUCAGAGUGGAGGUGAGCGCAGCGUCGCCACCAUGUUGUACCUCAUGGCCCUGCAGGAGCUCAUCCGCUGCCCCUUCAGAGUCGUGGAUGAGAUCAACCAGGGAAUGGAUUCCAUCAACGAGAGGAAAGUCUUUGACAUUCUUGUCCACACAGCCUGCAAAGAGAGGACAUCUCAGUACUUUUUCAUCACACCCAAACUGCUGCAGAACCUCACCUAUGUUGAGGAGAUGACCAUCCUUUGUGUCAACAACAGCUCUCACAUGCUUUGCUCCAAUGAGUGGGACGAGAGUGCUUUCCUUCAACGCUGUCAACAAAAGAAGAAAGUUCAGGCGUGAGACCUUCAGAGUUCCACAAAUGUGUUGUGAUGACAUGAUGGAGUUCACUAUGGCCUUUAGGAGUGUGGCUCAAAAGUUAAAACCCAUUCACCGAGGCAAAUCUCGCAAGACUUAAGCUCUGGGAGCAAAUGCGCCAUCUGUGAUGAAAUACGUACAAAAAACUAGCAGAAGUUACUGCAACGUUGCAGAACAUCAUCAAUGUUACAAUUACAACUGACCAUUUUGUAUUGUCCAGCUCACCAAAUGAUGAAUAUUUCUAUGUUCACUUUCAACAGUAUCCUUUUCUGGUGGCAUAAAAAGCACAUGAAGUUGCACAAGUUCGUCCUUCAAAAAAAGGAUGUUAAUGUCCUGUUCAGAUCAGCCUUCACUGCAAUGCAGCUGCUAAAAAUUUGCUGCGGUUUCCAUAUGGAGAAGGUCUAUAAGUUGGAAGCUCUUCAAAAGAGGAGAACAAGUGAGCUUCAAAUAAGCAAGCACUCAUCCAGGGAGGCAAGGAAAACCCAAACCUCGAACAGAUCAUAGACUACCGCAGGAUGUGCAAGAGUGAUAUGCAUUAUUUGUGCUGUUAAUACGACCAAAUUGGUUGUAGCUUUUGUACAAGUGUUGCCAUUGUUCAUUGCAUUUCUGGAUGCACAGGCACGUAUGACUAAUAAAGGGAGAAAGAAACAAAGUGAUUGCUGGUCAAUCAAAGGCCCUCUGGCGAUGCCCCGCUGCUACAAAGUGAUCCUGAAAAGGACAAAGUGGAAAAAAACACAGUCAAUACAAAUGUGUAUGUUAAGAUGAGUAGGAUAAAUAGUAUACAAUUAUCGAUGAGUAAAAUUGAUUUGUUUAUUUCUUGGUGUCUGUCUCCUAUGCCAUAAUGUAGACUUGACUGUUGUUAAAUGUUUGACAUGAGCAGUGGGGUUUUGUACAGUGUCUCUGCCGUGGCUGAUCAGCCUAUCCCGGGAGACCAAAAUGGAGCUCUCACUCUCACCAGGACAAUGUUUAGGAAACGUCUCCAGACAAGUUCAGUACCAUUUCACCAGUAAGUUUGUUUAAAGGUAAGUGUUGAAAAUAAAGACUAAGAACAAUAUAGCACUGAAUUGUUGAGAUAUGGUUUGAAAAAAUGUAAACCAUUUUUAUUAUUUUGGGGCCAGGGGGAAAAAGGUAUCCUUGUGAUGUCAUGGGGAUGUGGGUCCUCUACUGUAUAUGGUGCCAUGAAAACCAUUGCCCCUUUCUCAAAUUGUUAUAUUUUUUCAAGUUCACUUUAAGAUCCAUCCAUCAUUCAGGCGAAUGCUCUAACAAUUUUCUCCACCAAACUGCCUUUUUUAAAGCAUACAAACCCAAUUCCAGUUAAGUUGGGACAAUGUCCAUCCAUUCAUCUUCUACCGCUUUUCCGGGUCAGGUCGCAGGGACAGUAACUUUAGCAGGGAUCUCUGGACUUCCCUUUCCCAGCUACUUCAUCCACCUCUUCCGGGGGGAUCCCGAGGCAUUCCCAGGCCGGCCUAGAGACACAGUGUCUCCAGCAUGUCCUGGGUCGUCCCCGGGCUCCCUUUCUGGUGGGAAAUACCAACACAAUCACAUCAUCUGCAAAAAAAAAAACAGAUGAAAUGUUGAGGUCAACAAACCGGAAUCACUCAAGACCACAGCUCCGCCUAAAAUUUCUGUCCGUGAGGAUAAUGAACAAAAUCGGUGACAAAGACCACCCUUGGUGGAGUCCAAAACUAAAUAAAAAAAACCACACUCCACCUACUGACUCUGAGAUCCAGCCUCUCGACAGACCCUUACCAGGGAGGACUUGGGAGGGUGAAGAAUGUGAUCCAGUCGUAAAAAUCCCUCUAGUCCCCAUUUAAAGAAAAUUCUGACCUUUUCACAGUACGCAUAGCGUAUGAGUAACUGCUCCAAAUAUCUUCCCUUUGUAUUUAAAUUCAUUCAUUUGUUCCUUAGGUUAUUUGUUUGUUCAUAAGGUCUAUACUUUUUUUUUCUGAAAAAAUAACGUCCUCAUUCUACAAACAUGAGGUUAAGACUUCUGCAUCACAAGAGAUAAAAUCUGUUGGGAAAGUCUGUCUUUUUAACACUAAGAAUUUUAUAAUAGAUUCAUGGACAAGGAAGACAUUUUCUGCUUAUGCAAAGCAUUAACUCAACAAGCCUACUCAAAUUUAGUGCGUCACCGUUUUCAUUUGUAAAUGUCGACCGCGGACCCGUCCAGACUUUAAAUAUAAGCGACAAUUGCUCCAUGCCUUUCAUUUGCAGAAUGAGCAAACUGUGGAACCUCUGAAUACAAACACUUACACUAGCCCUGUUUGCGCUGCGCUUGUGUCAGUGCUGUGCUAGCGGGUUGCUGCUGUGUUACUGCCGUGUCUCAGUGACUUUUACCGGUAUAAUUUUUUAAUCGGCCCUGUUAGCGCUGUGCUAGCGUUAGCGCUGUGCUAGCGUGUUUCUGCUGUCUUACUGCCUGUCUGAGUGAUCUAGGUAUGUUUUUUUUUUUUUUUUAAACCGGCUCUGUUAGUGCUGUGCUAGCGUUAGCGCUGUGCUAGCGUGUUUCUGCUGUCUUACUGCCUGUCUGAGUGAUCUAGGUAUGUUUUUUUUUUUUUUUUAAACCGGCUCUGUUAGUGCUGUGCUACCGUGUUUCUACUGUGUAGCUGGCGCGGCUGUUUUAUUUUUUUUUAACCUGCCCUGUU